AUGUGGCAAGAAGAGUCGCCCUGGGGAUCAGCAGAUGACGCUCUGCCUUCCAGCACGUUAGACUUGCCUCGUCGACCGCCGUCUCCCUUGCCCAGCUUCGCGAGCUUCACUUCCAGCAGUAAGCCCGUGUCCAGUUCGACGGGGGGCUGGGGGGAUGAUGGAGGGUGGGGCACGAGUGUCGAUGAGUCGAUUGUGGUAACGGGUGGUGUGGCUUCGACGAGUGCGGUUACGUUGGAUGGGGAGGGGGAGGACAAGUUGGGUCAUGAGGAGGUGGAGAGACGGUCAGCGACCGUGGCGGUGGGGAAGGAGGAGGAGGAGGAGGACAUGUGGACCCCACCUACGACAAGGACGAACACUGAGGAUGAGAGUCGAUAUGGUGGGCAUGAUUUGACGGGGAUAGCUACAGCGACCGCGAAUGGAGAGUCGCCUCCACUGGGUUAUGCCAAGCCUUCCACCACCACCCGGGAUCAAGACACCGAACCCCAUAACGAUACGGAAGCAGGAGGGGAAGGAGAUGAUGAUGGAUGGGGAGAACACGGCGCAUCACCGGUCCUGCCUCCGAUCGCGAACCUGCGAGUUGACGACGCCGAGCCCGAUCUCGAUCUGCCCGACAAAGGCUGGGCAGGCGAUGACGAUGGAUGGGUCCCUCCCGAAGUCCCAGAACCUCUACCGACUUUUGGUGACGUGUUUGGGAAACCUACGACGAGGAGGGAGAGUGUUGAGGAAGGGUGGGGUGGGAAUGAUGCGGUGCCCAGUUGGAAUGCUGGGGCAGGGGAGAGGGAUGAGGGAGGUGCAGAAUUGGAUCGGAAGGCGAGUGAGGCGAGUGAGGCGAGUGAGGAUGGAUGGGGUGGCGAGAUUGAUGAGGCCGAUCUGGAUGUGAGCCUGCAGACGUGUGGGCUGUGAUGAAGCCCUCCAAAAAGCUGAUUCUGCGCGAUACCCCUUCAUCACAUAGCCUGAACCAGAGGCUGACCCGGAUCGAGGUAAUGACGAGGAGGAACCAGACGAGACGACGACGGAAACGAUCAUCCGCCAGGCUUCGGCGGUCAAGGACGGUCUGCAAAAGACGGCAGUACGAACGGCCGAGACGAUCCAGGGUAGUAGCGCAGUCGCGGCGAUUCGGAAUGCCGACACCACGUCCUUUGGACGACGGACCGUGUCGGCGAGUGAGCCCAGCGCCGCAGAGGAAUCGGACGGCUCGACUAAAGCGCCGGUCAAGAGCUCUUGGUGGGGGUCCAAGUCGACAUCAGACGCCACUGCUACGGCCUCAAACCCGUCCUCUCCGCCGCCACGGAUAGCUUCGCCCUCGACUGGUCAGGAGGAAGGCGCUGCACCAUCUCGGCUCGGUCGGCUCUUGGGUCGGCUGCGUCGGAAUCCUGGCGCCAGCAACGAAGGGCCGACUGCGUCGGAGCCCAGUGAAGACCUACCUCCCGAGUGGAAGCCGAGAGACCUGGAUGCACUGGACGCUUCGCGGCGGUCGAGCCCCCUUCAAGGGGAUUUCAGUUCAAGAACCGCACCUUUGGACGAUUUCUUCCACGACAUGCCUCGCAAGGCCAUUCGCGUUCCUACAGCUCCACCUAAUGACGACUUUGGUCUGCUCGGUGCAUUCUCUCAAGCCUCCUCGAGACCGUCCUCGAGAUCGAAGAAGGCGCCCCAGGCUCAUGAUCCCUUCGACCCCUUCGCCGACCACGACGAGCCGGCCGUUGCUGCACCACCGGCCUUCAACAUCUCGCGUAACGGAGGCGUCGGUGCGUCGUCCUUUUCUUCGCCUUCGAGCUUCAAGAUGGUUUCACCACCAGCAACAUCGUCUCCGUCACGUGUCAACUCUUAUGUGACCAACACUUCGCAGCGGGCUGGGUCACCAGCAAUUGUGGCGCCGCGUGCUCGUGCCGAGCAGUCCGAAGAUUCGUUCGACGCCUUUUUUGACUCAGUGGCCAGCACGAACAAAAAGCCCGCCUUGUCGACGACGAGUUAUGAAGAUUUUGACCUCGCGAUGCCCAAACCACAAGCCGGUCCGAAGAAGACGUUCGCUGUCCCUCCUCCUUCGAUCUUGCCCCGUGCCAACCUGUCACGAGGGCCGACGCUCGUUUCGGCCGCGCCGCCUUUACGCGCCGCCUCAGCCUCACCUACGUUCGUGAACCCGCUCGCACCUCCUCCGCCCCCUUCCCAGCCACUCGCGAGUCGGCAGCUGAUCAGCGAACUUGCGCGACCGGCUUCGUCGACGGGGUUCACCGCGCAGCAGAGGGGUGCGAGUCCGGCUCCGACGGCCAGUGCUCCGGCACCUUUGCUCUCUCCUCCUCCGCCUCCUGGUAUGGGCGUCGUACCACUUGCUCCUUCACCCGUGGGAUCGAUCAAGCGCUCGACCGGACCGGCUGUCAAGUCCCAUGUCCCGCCUCUUUCGCAGGGACCGCUCUCGCCUGAUGACUUCAGUUUCUUUGAGAGUUGA